AUGAGCUGCGAUGGCUGUGUGAAGGACAUAUCGAAGGAAUUGAAAAAAAUAGAAGGAAUCAGCAAGAUUGAGGCGAAUCUCAAGGAUCAACUCGUCUUUAUUGAGGGCACCGCUCCACCCAGCUCGAUCGUCACAGCGAUUCAAAACACCGGCCGGGAUGCGAUUCUACGAGGUAGCGGUACAUCGAACAGCUCUGCGGUGUGUAUCCUCGAAACACACUCGAGCACCGUAUCCAACAAGAUCCGAGGUCUGGCGCGUAUGGUCCAGGUCUCACCUCAUAUGACGCUGGUGGAUCUGACGAUCAACGGGUUGGCACCGGGCAAGUACUGGGCGACAAUACGAGAGGCAGGAGACAUCUCCAGGGGAGCGGAGUCCACUGGCGGGAUCUGGGAGGCAGUUAAGGCGAAGCUCCAGGGCGCCAAUACACAAAAGGAGUCUCGUGGAAUCUUUGGAAGUGUGGAGGUUGAUGCGAAGGGGCGAGGCAAUGUGUUCCUAGAUCGCCCAGUGGCGAUUUGGGAAUUGAUUGGGCGCAGUAUGGUAGUGUCUCAGGGCACGGAAGGGCCGUUUCGACGCGAGGAUUCCAAUACCUUGGUUGGGGUGAUCGCUCGAAGCGCCGGGGUCUGGGACAAUGACAAGACAGUUUGCUCCUGCUCGGGCAAGAGUGUGUGGCAAGAGCGCCAGGAGCAGGUGGCUCAGGGAAUGGUUUGA